CAAUACAAGCCUUUCCUCUUCUCUCAAAAUCUUUCAACCUCUCUCAAUCUUAAACACUUCCUUCUAGCCUUUAAAGUUUCCUCCCAACAAAGUGGGAUCAAGAGCCAUAAGAUCUUCAUAGAAAUGGCAAAUACUAGAGUUCCCUUUCAAGUCCCAAUGAUCACUAAAAGCAACUAUGACAAUUGGAGCUUAAGGAUGGUAGCUCUCCUUGGUGCACAUGAUGUCUGGGAGGUGGUCGAGAAGGGCCACAUUGAGCCAGAAAAUGUAGAGAGUCUUUCUCAAGCUCAAAAGGAUAGCUUGAGAGACUCAAGGAAGAGAGACAAGAAGGCUCUCUGUCUAAUCUAUCAAGGACUAGAUGAAGAUACUUUUGAGAAGAUUUCUAGAAUCAAGUCAGCCAAGGAAGCAUGGGAGAAGCUUAAGAUCUCUUACAAGGGAGCAGAUCAAGUCAAAAAGGUAUGUCUUCAAACUUUAAGAGGAGAGUUUGAAGCUUUGCAUAUGAAGGAAGGUGAACUAGUCUCUUAUUACUUUUCAAGAGUUUUAACGGUUACUAAUAACCUAAAAAGAAAUGGUGAGAAGCUAGAUGAUGUAAGAAUUAUGGAGAAAAUUCUUAGAUCAUUAGAUCCAAAGUUCGAACAUAUUCUCACCAUUACCGAAGAAACAAAAGACUUGGAGGCCAUGUCAAUAGAGCAACUUCUUGGUUCGUUGCAAGCUUAUGAAGAAAAGAAAAAGAAGAAGGAAGAGAUCACGGAGCAAGUCCUCAAGGCACACGUUGAUUCAAGAAAAGAAGAAAAUACACACAACUAA